AAAUGAUAUUUCCUCAUAACUCCAAUUCGUUUUAACAUAAAAUUCUCCCUCAAAUCUCCAGAGAAAAUCCAAUUGACCCCUCAAAUCCUUCCAACCCCGCUCUCAGAAAUGAACAUACCCACCCCAAACCCCCACCACACAACCCUCCUCACCCUCCACCAAAUCCUCCACCUAACUCACCACCGCAACAAAAACCAACACCGUCUCUCAAAAUGGUACAAAUCAUUCAACAUCCUGCGUCGACAAAUCACCCGUCUGCUCGCUCUCAUUCCCGAAUAUGUGAUUGAAUCAUCACGUGGAAAGUCAAAAGUAAAAGGGAAAGCAAAGGAGAGGAAGGAGAGGGAAGAGAGGGAGUUACAGGACUUGAUUGGGUUUAUGCGGAAGGAUGUGGUGGGAGGGUGUUAUUUGUGAGUUUCUUGUUUUUGUUUCCGUUUUGUUGUCGGUUUGUGGAGGGGGAGGGGUUAUGUGGAGCAGGAAGGGGAGAAACGGCGGAACGGGAUGGUGAAGUAAGAUUGCUAAUAAAUGUGGAAAAUAGGGCGUUUAGCCAACUAGUAGCAGAUAACCAAUAUGCUACAUUAGGAUUGAUGUUAAUGGGAUGUCUGGCACGUCUAUAUAAGAUACUCGAAUCUUUACGAGUCUUAACAGCAGAAGAAAUCGCCGCGAAAACCGGGACAGUAAAUGAGGAGGUAAAAGUCAAUGAGCCAGAAAUAGGGGAGGAUUUAGGUGAGAAGAUCGUGAGGGAUGCUCCAGCUUCAAAAGUGGUCGAAGGUACUAAGAAGGAGGAAAAGAAAGAGGAAGAGGAUAGUGAAAUUAAGAAGUCGAAAGUAAAGAAGAGGAAACAGGAGGGUGAAGCAUUAGAACGAAAAUCUUCCAAGUUAUCUUCAUUAGAUUCGACGCCGGCUAAACCGCCAAAGAAGAAGAGGAAAAAGAAGGGUGGAGAUGCAUUUGAUGAUUUGUUUGAUAGUUUGAUGUAAUUUUAAGAAUUAAUGGUUAAUUUGAACCCCUUAAGCAAGCGAUC